AGUAAGUCUGAAAGAAUGAGUCAGGUAACUUUCGACCAAGUUGUUAACGUCCUCUCACAACCACCGAAGGGUAGACUGCCAAAAGAAUUGGAAAAAUUCAGCGCCUGGUUCCAAAAACGUUCGAAAUUAUUUGAAAAAUUAAAAUUGGAUAGUUUAAUUGACCUACUGAAGCAUUGUCAUUAUAAAGAAUAUCCAAAAAAUGGACUAAUUAUUGGCCAACAAGAGAAGGGAGAUUCGUUCUACAUUAUACUGAGAGGGAGCGUUUCGGUUGUAAUUAAAGAUUUAGGAGACGAUUCAGCUUUAAUCGAUUUCUCAACCGCUAUUAAUCCCGGACCAACUUGUAACAUUGUUAUUGAUAGAUCGAAAAUCGGUAAUACGGUAACAACAUUCAAGGAAGGACAAAGUUUUGGAGAAUUAGCCUUAAUAAAUGAUGACUGUGUAAGAACGGCGUCUAUUGUAGCUGAUACAAUAACUUCAGUUAUAGUCAUACACAAAGACUUAUAUAAUCGCUCUGUGGGGAAAAUAAUCAGUCAAGAAUACCAAGAAAAAUUAUCUUUUGUUGAAAAUCAUGAACUAUUUAGAAAUUGGCCAACAAAAUGGAAAAAACAUCUUGCUGCUUCAGUAAAUAGAAUACAGAAGCGUUCAAGAAUACCUUAUGCUUUGAGAAGAAGACGUUCGAGAAAGAAUGUUUUACAAAAUGACCACAAGAGGGAAAAGUCUACUGCUAAUGUUUCAGUUCAAACUGAUUUAAACACUGUAAUUUCUACUCGUAGUGUGUCAGCGAAUAGUUCACCACUGCCAAAUUGUUUUACUACCGAAAUAAUAGACAUAAAAAGGGAGGAGGAAAAUUUAAUACCACAGAUUUCAUUGAACGUGUCAACAGAUGUCACUAGCUCUGAUGUUCUAUCGAACAGCACAAAUGUCAUCGGAUACAAUGAAGUUAUAGUUAGGCAGGGAGACGCUGUAAAUGAAAUUUUCUUUAUAACAAAUGGGGAAGCAGUUGUACAAAUGGACCCAGAAGCUCAUAAGAAGCAAUUUGGAGAGUUCAUACGUAAAUGCCAACCCCUUAUGUUAAAUGACAGUAAAGACAGGGAGGAAAGAGACGCUUUGGUGAAAUUAACUAGAAUGUCUCCUUCUUUGUGGAAAUGUACAAGAGUUCAAAAGACAAUAAAUCGUCAUAAUAGCCACAUGAUGCUUCCGCAACAGGAAGCUGUACUCUUAAAGGCUAGUGGUAGUAGAGUUAAUGUAUGCUAUGUUGGCGUUGGACAAUCAAUUGGUGGAGAAGAAAUGGCUUUGGAUUUGCCUUUUCAUCAUUCAACUGUUAUUGCAAUGCAACCAUUAACUUUAUUAACUCUAGAAAGAGGUCAUUAUGAUAGACUUUUAGUGCGGAGGAAUCCAGGCACACUUAAACAUCUUCAAUGCAUACUUUCACUUCAGAUACGCCGACGUUAUUCUCGGCCUGCCCUCGAUCAUCAUGUGCCCCUAUUAAGAUAUCUUGGUUAUAAACUACAGGAAGCGGCUGGUGAAAGAAACUCUCGGAUUGACAGUCGUCUUUGUUCUCUUUCCCCCCGAUUGCAGGGCGCCACCUCGCGCCUCAAGACUUCAAUGAAAUUAAGUCAGCCAAUGUUGCGAGACUUUAGCAAACAAAGUGGCCCAAUGCCUGGGAAGAAUGUUCUUUCUAAAGUUAUUGCAGUCGAUCGAGGUGUUACUUUCAAGGACAAAGCCGAAAACGAUUAUUUAAGAGAUCUUAGACGACGAGUCUUAAAAAACAUACCAGAUUUAAGAGCCGAUCAUCCCAUGCCAAGUUUAAGAGCUCACACAAUCUCCCAUUGGGCUUCGACCUAA